AUGCCUCCUGCCCGAGCACGCAACGUCGACGACUCAAGAUCCGAGACUUCAAGCACCAUCACAAACCAGAAGGAGAAGUCUGCACUCGGCCCAACCAGUGGCUCGGGCGUGUCGAAAGGGAAAAAGUCGGCUCCAGGAGGACACAACGGUACCAGCGCUGGAUCCAAAGCCGCUGUGACAGGGAAUGGGAAUGGCUCUGCUGCUGCUACCGCAGCCGCACCACCAGCAGUGGAGGCCGACAAAGUUGAUCCAAGUCUGCCUCGGACCGAAUGGGAUACAAUGCCAGUCGCCGUCCUGCGCACGUACCGCAUCGCCCACCGCCUCCCCGUACCUGCCGCGUUCAACCGACCUCAUGCCGAGUUAGCCUAUAAGUCAUCUGACAUUGGCCAGCGUGCGCCCUCGGUGGUGUAUUACAGACGCAAGCUGCACGAACAGCACCUUCAACGGCGCAGAGCUCGCCAGGCGCAGCAGCAGCAGACGAACGGGACAGGGACAGGCAAGACUACGAGCAACGGUAGCAAGUCCAAAGAGAAGGGCAAGUUGAGAGACACGUCAACGGCGGAGGGGAUUUCAACAAUAGCCCAAUCUAUCGAACCGCCUGACCCCGGUCUCCCGUCGUCUGAACGGGACUCAUCAUUCAUCUCCUCAAAUCCUUCAACCUACCUCGGCCCCAACCAACCGGCUUCGCAUCUGGCGGCCGCGGUCCGCAAACACUUCAACGCCCAACAGCUGAUUGGAGGUGAAGCAGAUACAAUCGCGAGAUUCAUCUACGUGGUCCAGCAGAAUGGGAGUUCUCGUCAAGUGAGGACGGAGGGGUCCGAGGGUGAUGGCUCGGGAUACUGGAUGGGAGGCAAUGGCCGGGAGCAAAGGAGGGUUGACGGGCCCGGGGGCGAGGUCGGGUUCAGGUUAAGGUUCAGGCCAUAA